AUGCAGUCCACCACUAGACGGCCUCCCCCUCCUGGUCCUGCCCGCCCGCUCUACGACUCGCCCGCUGCGCCCGUGCAGGACACCAGACAACAAACGACCGCUACGCACGCCGCGCGUCCGUCUUCCGACGAGUCGCCGUUCGUGGAGCCGGGACAGCCUGUGCAUGAUCAUGCGCGGCGCGAUGAGAAGGCGGCGUCGAUCUGGGACACGGGCAUGGGCAUCGUCGGCAGCGCGCCGCGGGACGUCGCAUAUGUGAUGCUCGUCAGGCCCCGCAAGUCGUCCCUGCGUCUGCUGCAGCUCAUCGCGCUUUCGCUGGAUCCUCUCCACGCGCGGCUCGUUCCCCAGGCUUCCACUCCCCCAGCCGACGUCGCGGACGAACGCGGCCGGUGGUGCUCUCCGUCUAGGCUCAUCCCGCAACGGCCCCUUCAGCGGCGUCCGAACGUGUCCACGCAGACGCUGUCUCCGCAGCCUGGGCAGGUGUUUAAGCUCCUCGGUGGGUCCAGCGUGCGUCUCCUCUGUCUUGCGCUAUUGCUGCGAGCAUUCCGGUGUCAGUCGCGCUGCCACGGGAUGCUCGUGCACGCCGUUAGCGGUGUUGCCGCUCCGGGCCUGCGACAGACGCGCAGUACGCGCCGUUCAGAGGCGUGGAUGGUCCUGCUGCCGAGGCCACGGCCGCCAUCGACUGCCGCGGGUGUAGAGGACAACGUCCGGCGGCAUGCACAGCGAACAUCCCGGUCAGUCGCGGGCGUGUCGCGGGCAGACGCGUACGAGAACGUGCCGAGUUUGCGACGCGUCAUGGGGCGGCAGCGCACGCCGUCGCGCGCACUGGAGCUGCGGCACACCGUCGCGCGCACUGGAGCUGCGGCACACCGUCAUCUAGGGAGCACAGGCGAGGCGCACCGCGUGGGUGGGCGGCCGCUGCGGUUGCUGGAGCGCAGCACGGCGGCGCGCGCGCAGAACGAGCCGGACGGGCGGUCGCACAGACAGACGUGA